GGGCAGAGCGCGGCUGGGCUCGGCUGGGCUCGGCUCGGCACCGCGCCGCCGCCUCCUCCUCCUCCUCCUCCUUCUCCUCCUCCCCCGGCGCCGUGCAUGGAGAGCGAGCAGCGGGCGCUGAGGGGCCAAGCCGCCUGCCUGCGCCGCGCCGCCCCGCCCCGCCGAGCCCCCGCCGGAUACGUUAUGUUCUACCACAGUUUGUGUGCCUGCUUUGUCUGACCACCUGUGGAUACCGACAGCAAGUGGGUGACUUGUGAUGUUCUCAUUUAAAGAGUUUCAUCACUCUUAUGUUUCAUACGGAGCUUUCUCAAGUGAUAAAAGGGAAAUGCUCUGAGAAGAACGAGAACAAACAAUGGCCUGUCUUACAAUGACAAAUAUGGAAGGCACAGCAACUUCUACCGUGCACCAGAAUGGUGACAUCCUUGGGAAUACCAGUGCACCCAAGCAGACAGAACCAUUGCUUCAAGUGUACCUUUAUCAUUCUCCUGGGAAGACAGGAGGAGAUUAUCUUCAAUUUCCAGCUGGAGAAUAUAUUGCAGAAGAGAUUUGCACUGUUGCCUGUAAAGCCUGUGGUAUCAUGCCAGUGUAUCAUAACAUGUUUGCACUCAUGAGUGAAGCAGAGAGAAUUUGGUAUCCCCCAAAUCACAUCUUCCAUGUAGAUGAAGCAACCAGACUCAUCCUACUGUACCGGAUAAGGUUUUAUUUUCCCCACUGGUAUUGCAAUGGCACAAGCAGAGCAUAUCGGUAUGGCAUUAUUCGGGGUGCAGAAAGCCCUGUUCUUGAUGAUCUUGUCAUGUCUUACCUAUUUGCACAGUGGCGAGAUGAUUUUUUGGAUGGAUGGAUACAGAUGCCUGUUACUCAUGAAACACAGGAAGAAUGCCUUGGAAUGGCUGUUCUGGAUAUGAUGAGAGUGGCCAAAGAAAGGGACCAAACACCACUGGCUAUUUACAACUCGGUCAGCUACAAAAUGUUUUUGCCUAAAUGUGUGCGAGCAAAAAUCCAAGACUACCACAUUUUGACCCGAAAGAGGAUAAGGUACAGGUUCCGCAAAUUUAUACAACAGUUUGGCCAAUGCAAAGCUACUGCCAGAAACUUGAAACUCAAGUAUCUCAUAAAUCUGGAAACCCUUCAGUCCGCCUUCUAUUCAGAGGUUUUUGAAGUAAAAGAACCUGGUGGAGAUCCUUCUGGAGAAGAGAGUUUUGCAACUAUUGUAAUAACUGGAAACGGUGGAAUUCAGUGCUCAAGAGGAAAACUAAAAGACUGUGAGACCCUGGCAGAGCAGGAUUUACAAACAUACUGUGAUUUUCCUGAUAUCAUUGAUGUCAGCAUUAAACAAGCAAGUCAAGAAGGCUCCAGUGAGAGAAGAAUUGUGACCAUUCACAAACAAGACAGCAAAAAUCUGGAGGCUGAAUUUCAGUCUUUAAAGGAAGCUCUCUCCUUUGUAUCGUUAAUUGAUGGAUAUUACAGAUUAACUGCAGAUGCCCACCAUUAUCUCUGUAAAGAAGUAGCACCACCAUCAGUGCUUGAAAAUAUCCAAAGCAACUGCCAUGGACCAAUUUUCAUGGACUUUGCUAUCAGUAAACUGAAGAAAGCGGGUAAUCAGACUGGCUUCUACGUUCUUCGUUGCAGUCCUAAAGAUUUUAAAAAAUACUUCCUCACCUUUGCGAUAGAGCGUGAGAAUGCCACUGAUUAUAAACACUGUUUGAUUACGAAGAAUGAGAAUGGGGAAUAUAAUCUUAGUGGAACCAAGAGAAGUUUUGGUAAUCUUAAGGAUCUGUUGACCUGUUACCAGACAGAAACUGUCCGUUCAGACAGCAUAAUUUUCCAGUUCAUCAAAUGCUGUCCACCAAAACCAAAAGAUAAAUCAAAUCUCCUAGUCUUCAGAAGUAAUAGCGUCUCUGAUGUACCUUCAUCACCAACGCUACAGAGGCACAAUAACGUCAACCAGAUGGUCUUUCACAAAAUCCGGAAUGAGGACUUAAUCUUUGAAGAGAGUCUUGGACAGGGCACAUUUACUAAGAUAUUCAAAGGUACAAGGAAAGAAGUGGGAGACUAUGGCCAGCUCCAUCAAACUGAAGUUCUUUUAAAGGUGCUGGAUAAAGUGCAUAGAAACUACUCUGAGUCCUUCUUUGAGGCAGCAAGUAUGAUGAGCCAGCUUUCUUACAAGCAUUUGGUAUUAAAUUAUGGAGUCUGCGUGUGCGGAGAGGAGAAUAUCCUUGUACAAGAGUAUGUGAAAUUUGGAUCCUUGGACACGUAUUUGAAAAAGAACAAAAAUGUUAUCAAUAUCGUGUGGAAGCUGGAAGUAGCCAAACAAUUGGCAUUAGCUAUGCAUUUCCUGGAGGAUAAAGGCCUUGUUCACGGAAAUGUCUGUGCAAAAAACAUCUUGCUUAUCAGAGAGGAAGACAGGAAGUCUGGAAACCUUCCAUUUAUAAAACUAAGUGAUCCUGGCAUCAGUAUUACAGUUUUGCCAAGAGACAUUCUUCUUGAAAGAAUACCAUGGGUUCCACCUGAAUGUAUUGAGAAUCCCAAACAAUUAAGCCUGGCUACAGAUAAAUGGAGUUUUGGUACUACUUUGUGGGAAAUCUGCAGUGGAGGAGACAAACCUCUGAGUGCACUGGAUUCUUCAAGGAAACUACAGUUUUAUGAGGAUAGACACCAACUUCCUGCACCCAACUGGACAGAGCUAGCAAACCUUAUAAACAACUGUAUGGAUUAUGAGCCAGAUUUCAGGCCUUCAUUUAGAGCAAUUAUACGUGACUUGAAUAGUUUGUUCACUCCAGAUUACGAGUUAUUGACAGAAAAUGAUAUGUUGCCAAAUAUGCGAAUUGGCGCACUUGGAUUUUCUGGGGCUUUUGAAGAUCGGGACCCAACACAAUUUGAAGAAAGACAUCUUAAGUUUUUACAGCAACUUGGCAAGGGAAAUUUUGGCAGUGUUGAGAUGUGCCGGUAUGACCCCCUACAGGAUAAUACUGGAGAGGUGGUGGCUGUGAAAAAGCUGCAACAUAGCACAGAAGAGCACCUUAGGGACUUCGAAAGAGAAAUUGAAAUACUUAAAUCUCUGCAGCAUGAUAACAUUGUUAAAUACAAAGGAGUGUGCUACAGUGCAGGUCGUAGGAAUCUGAGAUUAAUUAUGGAGUAUUUACCGUAUGGAAGUUUACGAGAUUAUCUGCAGAAACACAAAGAAAGACUGGACCACAAGAAGCUUUUGCUGUAUGCAUCUCAGAUAUGCAAAGGUAUGGAGUAUCUGGGUACAAAAAGAUACAUUCACCGGGAUUUAGCAACAAGAAAUAUCUUAGUGGAGAAUGAGAACAGAGUUAAAAUUGGAGAUUUUGGAUUGACUAAAGUCUUGCCACAAGAUAAGGAGUACUACAAAGUGAAAGAACCUGGUGAAAGCCCUAUAUUUUGGUAUGCUCCAGAAUCUCUGACAGAGAGCAAAUUUUCUGUGGCCUCAGAUGUGUGGAGUUUUGGUGUAGUCUUAUAUGAACUCUUCACUUAUAUUGAAAAGAGCAAAAGCCCACCAGCUGAAUUCAUGCGCAUGAUUGGCAAUGAUAAACAAGGGCAGAUGAUUGUAUUUCAUUUGAUAGAGCUUUUGAAGAAUAAUGGACGACUGCCAAGACCAGAUGGAUGCCCUGAUGAGAUUUAUGCUAUCAUGAAAGAAUGCUGGAACAACAAUGUUACCCAGCGCCCCACCUUUAGGGAUCUUGCUCAACGAGUGGAUCAUAUAAGGGACAACAUGGGUGGAUAAGAAAACUGUCCCUCCUUAAGAGGAUGCAUUGUGAUGCAGAACAAAAUGUACUUGGUCUGCUGUGUAUAAUUGACAUAUGUGCACUUGUGCAUCUAUCUUUCCUGGGAGUAAAAUCUGUGUGGAAAAUAUCCUAUCCGAAUCUGCAAACUGAGGAAUCCUGCUGGUUUUCUUUAUCAGGAUAUAUUUGUUACUAUGAGAACAUGUUGAAAUUCACAAUAGGGAGAGAAAUUAUUUUUCUAAAUAAAAUAAUCUAAUAUAUGGUCAGUCUACAACACCAUUAUUUGCCUUACUUGGCAGUGCAAAAAAAGAGGUGACUGAAAAUAUGGUGUGAGUAAGAAAUGUAAAGACAGUGUAUUUCCUUGUUGAAAUGGAGAUGCACAGAAAAGACUCCUAGUCCUUUCACUACAAGUCUGUAGUGACUUGGCACCCUGUUUUGUGUGUUGCACAAGGGCUUGUGUUUGUUAAUACACUUUUAUAACUUUCAUUGUUGAUGCAGAAAUGGCUUCUCUGUAUAAUGAAAUGGAAGUGGUUAUGUAAUCUGGCAACUUCUACUGUGCCUGUCUGAAUCAGUUGUUGGUCAGCAAUAUAUGCAAGGAGACAGAAUAGGCUGUGUGAUGUAUAAAAAUACUUAGGGGAAGGGAGCAAAUUGUUUUUCAUUUGGACAGACAGAAAACUUACCCAUGUGAAAAUUUUAAUUUAAAAUGAAAAGGCAAACAUUCUUGUUUUUUCUUACUCUUCCUGUCUUGAUUAAAUAUUGGAUACCCUUAACAUAUCUAAAGAUGUAAUAUAACAAGUAGAACUGAAGCCAUUUUAUACAAGGUAGUGUCUUCAGUUUGUUUCUGAGUAUUAAAAAGCCAAACAUAUUGCUUUUAAAUACUUCUUUUAUUCCUUCCAUCUUUGUAAUUUUCAUGUAGUUCUCAGUGUAUCUAUAAAUCGGAAACUUUUUAAAACAGAAUUAAAAAUAUAGAAAAUGCCCUUCAUUUUCCAGUUGCUCACUUUGAUGUCAUGAUCAUCAUCGUAUACAUUCCUUCCAGUACCCUAAAAGAAUGUUUAUGUCCCCUUAUGUCUGAUAUGGCCAGUCGCAAACACCUUGGGUCAGUUUUGCAGUGAAUUGACCCAAAGUUAUCUGAUUUUUUUUUUUCUGUGGUAAAACCCAAUGUAAGACCAUUUGGAAGGAGGAAAUAUAAGUGCAGUUGCUCCACAGUCGGCUGGGGGCAAGAACAUGAUCCCAGUUAUUGAUAACUGGAAGGAGGUCAAAACUACUUGAACAGAUUACUCUGUGUAAUUCCAAUUUUGAAAUAAGUCUAACAAAUUUAUAGACAAGGCAACUGUUUGGUUUUUGCCUCCAAGCAUAAAACUUGGGGAAUAAUUUCAUAUCUCAAAGCAGUAAAGGUUUCAGGUUUUGUUUAUUUUAAAUUCAAAUAUAUAUAUAUUUUUUUUACUUAGAUAUUGUUGUAAAGUACAAUGCUGGUUCUUCUUGGAUGUUUGCUGAGAGAGGCUCAAUCAAAGCUACGUAACUCGGCAAACUCUUGAAAUGCACAUUUGUAUUUAAAAUGAAGUGUUCAUUUCUGAAAUUCAUGGCAGUGAAUAUGUGAAAUAGAGGAGUUACUUCACUCUGAGGCCUCAUUAAGAUUUAUGAUUUAAAUACAUCCAUCUUAUCAUAAGUUUAAGUACCUCAAUUUAUAAGAAGUAAAAAUUCCUUAUUCAAUUAACAUUGUGCCAGUAUUGCAAAGUUUUGUACCACUAUGAUGUUUCUCUCCCACAAUCACUCGUUCCAAAUUCUGAUUGUAUAAUAUGGGAGAUUGGUAAGUAAUGAAGGGGCACCAUCAGUCCUCUUUCUGCCCAUUGCAUUUAAUAAAAAUUUUUGUUUGUUUUCUUGCCACCAAACUCUUGCAUAGAUAAUUUUUAAACUAAUUUCACAAGCAGUUUUCAAGCUGCAAAUAAUUUUAAAGUGCUUUGUUCAAUUUAACAUGUUUUCUCUACUUCUAUACAUUGCUUUCAAGAUGAUUUAAAAAUUUCAUGCAAGAAAUGUCUUUGAAUGUUUAGUCUCAGUUGUGUGUAUGUGGUUUUUUUUUUUUGGUUUUUUUUUUUUUUGGUAGCAAGAGAAGGUAAAGCUUUAAAGCAUUGAAACAGCAUUUUAGCUGGAAUAACAUAUGCAGGAACUAUGUAAAAUUUGCAGUGUAUGACACUGAGUAGCCAAUUGGUUUCCAAUAUAUAAUAGACUAAACAUAAUUUAUGUAAAAAUCUCAGGGAGGUUUGUGUAAUGCAAUGAAGAGAUCUUCCAGUCUGCUCUUUUUUCAAGUGAAUAAAAAGUCUUUUGCUUGUUCUACUACAGUAUGACUGAUUACAUAGUCUAUUUGAUUGCUUAAAUAUAGUGUGGAACUCAAGGAUAAUUUUUAAGUGUUUUUGUGGAUUUUUUACUUAAAUACUUUAUAAUUUUAGAGGAAGCCAUAUCUUUACACUGCACUAUAAUUGUGUGCUGUUGGUCAGGAACAUAUUUAGUCCAUUGUAACAAGUCUGUGCAAAGGGCUUGAUCAUUCAGGAUGAGUAUUCUCAGCUGGGUGAAUAGGACCAAGUAGUGCUUAGGUCUCAGGGGAUGUGUGAUCACCUGCAGUGUCAAUGUUUAGGUCCUGGUGCAGACAGAAUCAUGGUUUUCUCAAAAAGCUGUUGAAGAUGUAAAUGCAGUGAUUUGCUGAAUUUGCUAAUGCCAAAUGUAACCUUUUUUUUUUUUUUAAAAAAAAAAAAAACAAAAAAACAUAAAAAUGGCAAUUCAAAAGCUCUGAGAUCUACAGUAGAGUUGUAUAAUGCCAUAUUUUUAUAUAGUCUUUGUAUUAACAGAUCAGUUUUUGUUUUAGAAUCUUUCUUCAGUUGGCAUUGCAUUUGUCACACUUCAGUGUAAUCAAUAUGCUACUCAAAAUGCUGUGAUUUGUUGUAGGAAAGUGCUGUUUUACGCAUACAUGACUGCUGCUAUGAUGUAGAAUUAAAAUCCUAACUACUGCUUUGCACUUAUAUUUGAAGUGAAAGAAUUUUUCAGUAAGUGCACAAUGUAUCUUAAAAAAUCUCUGCAAACAAGUAUUGUCUAAUAUAAUAUUGGUUUGUUGCCUAUCGGUAUAAAUAUGCUAAGCUUCAAAAUCCAUUUUAAACAUAUUCCACAACCUUGCAACAGUCAUGUAAUAAGCCAGAUGAGGAAUGGAUUUUCAAGAAAAGAAACCCAAAUUCUGUUGAGUCAUGAUAUUGAUUAAAAGCUUCCACAGUUGAGAUAAUUAUUAUUAUAUAUACAGACAAAUAACUGUAAAAAAAAAAAAGAUGUAAAAUUAUUUUUAGAAAUCCAAGUUUUUGAUUUUUACAUUUGGUUGAGAUAUGGCCAACUGUCUUGAUAUGUGUGAGAAAAGAUGUUGCUGCAUAAGGUAUGAAGAAAAGUAACUCUUGUGUAAAGAAAGCAAGCUUUUCAGGAAUGUAUGACCUGGAGGACAGACUUCUGAGAGUAAGAAUGGAAGUUCAGAAGAACAAGAAGACUGUUGGAAAAAGGCUGAUGUUACACAACAAAGAAGCUUUCUGAAAUAAGAAAUGCACGAUGAUUUAUGAAAAACUGAUAAUGUCUACUGAAAAUGCCAUAUCAUGACAAAUAUUUGCUGAUGUAUUUCUUAGCUGUGUAUUGUCUGCCUUAAAUGUAAAAUACUCACAGAGACCUAACUUGUUGGAAAAAAUUCAAGGGUUGCUAUACCAAAAGAAACUGCAUAAAGUUAUGCGACGCCAGACAGCAAUUUUGAAAGAUGUUUGACUAAGAAGGGUUUUUUUCUGAAUUUUGCUUUCUGAAUAAGAGGUUUAAAAUACUUUAUAUUAAAGUAGAAAAAGUCCCUUUGGGGGAAGGGAGAAAAAAACACGUGCUACUUGUAGUUGGACUGCAAACAUUUGAGCACAUGGCUUAUUGAAGAGAACGUGAAGGGGAUAUUUUCUAGCAAACUGUGUAUUAAUAACUGAAAACUGUGCAUUUCUUUUGAGUAUGGUUAGUAAAAAUAAAAUAAAUACAAUGAAAGGC